AUGAGAUUGGCUCUGUUUUUUUGUCCACGACACAGAGCAAAGCACCAAGAGGAUCGUGAAAGGGCCCUGUUGACGUGCCAGCCGAGCCCGGUUGUAGCAGCAGUGGGAGAGGACGUCACUUUGGACUGCCACUUGAAGCUUCGACGUGAUGUGACGCGCAAAACAGUUGAAUGGAUAUUGAACAAGACCGACUUCGUCCUUGUUUACAGGAAUCGGGGUUUUUCUCCUGCUGACCAGGGAGAGCGAUUCAAAGGCAGAGCAUCUCCUGACAGCAGUGUGAAUCUGUCGGAAGGGAAACUCCCAGUGAAGAUCUCAUCAGUGGGUAAAACUGACGCUGGGGCGUACAGCUGCUCUGUUGGAACUGGAAGAGAACGAAUCUCCUGCAGUACUGAACUCAUCGUUGACACAGAGAGAAAGCACCAGGAGGAUCGUGUAGGUGGUACAAAAAACCAGAUCAAGAACAAAGCGAACCCAAGCGGACCUACAUUUGCACUGGUGCUGGUGUGGUGUACGUUACAUUCUGUACUACGUGAACGAACAAUACGUGUGCAAGGCAAAACUGGAGAGGACACAACAGGAAAAACAUGGAUGGACUGUUACGCUGAUGCUGACAACAGUCCUGACUCUGAACACCAUGGGAAACACACCAGUGACACAAAUACUUGA